AUGACAGUCGCCGACAAGGAGAAUGUCCCGCCGCCAUCAACCAAGCCACGCGCACGACUCUACGGCGGCACCCCUCAAUCGGCCGACCGACUGGUCAAGCCGUUCAAGUGUCCCGGCGCAAACACUCCCUCGAGAGUGUCCGAGAAGCCUGCGCGAAAGCGACGUAAGGUCGACUAUGCUGGUGGCGAUGGUAGUGUGGGAGAGGGCGACAGGCCAUACACCAACGAAGAUCGACUCGCCCUCGCGACCCGAGAUGUCAACCGCUUUCCCGUCUUCAAGGCCAAAGACAAGGAUACUGCUUUCCGGUCACGCUUCUCGAUUCCACUGAAGAACAAGGACAAUCUAGGAUAUACGCAGUCGAAAGGACCCCCUCUACUCGGUCUGCGGCAGGGCACAGUCUUCGUCCACAAGCCACUGCACGAUCCCAGCGGAGAGUUCGCGAUUGUGUUGUUCGACCCGACCGUGGACUACCGACUCGAUGCAAAGCGACUAGAAGAGGCAGAGACAGAACCAGAGAAGAAGCAUGAGUCGCCUCCAGACAAGCCGAAGCUGGACGAGCCUCUUAUGCACAAGAGCCUGGCAGACAUCUUAGGUAUAAAGAAGAAGGUGGACACAGAACGACCGAAAGUGCCUGUCGUGAUUGAUCCGAGGCUGGCGAAAGUGCUGCGACCGCAUCAGGUCGAGGGUGUCAAAUUCUUAUACAAGUGUACCACCGGACUUAUCGAGGAAGGUGCUGAAGGUUGCAUAAUGGCAGACGAGAUGGGUCUUGGAAAGACCUUGCAGUGCAUUACGUUGAUGUGGACAUUACUGAAGCAGUCGCCUGACGCGGGAAAGAGCACCAUACAAAAGUGCAUCAUUGCAUGUCCGGCAUCUCUUGUACGAAACUGGGCGAACGAAUUGGUCAAAUGGUUGGGAGAAGGCGCUAUCAUACCUUUCGCUGUUGAUGGAAAGGCUUCCAAGGAAGAGCUGACACAGCAAAUGCGCCAAUGGGCGUCUGCGACAGGUCGGGCUGUGAUUCGACCAGUUCUGAUCGUGUCUUACGAGACACUGCGACUCUACGUGGACGAGCUGCGGAAUACACCGAUCGGCCUUAUGCUUUGCGACGAAGGUCAUCGCCUGAAGAACGCAGAGUCGAAUACUUACGAAUCGCUCACAGGUCUCAACGUCAAGAAGCGAGUCAUUCUGUCAGGAACACCCAUCCAGAAUGAUCUCUCAGAGUACUUUGCAUUGCUGGACUUUGCUAACCCUGCCUAUCUCGGUACUCGACUUGAGUUCAGAAAGCAGUAUGAGCUGCCCAUCCUCCGAAGCAGAGACGCCGAUGGAAGUGACAAAGAUCGAGAGAAGGGUGAUGAACGUCUCAAGGAGCUUCUGGGCAAGGUCAACAAGUUCAUCAUUCGACGCACGAACGACAUUUUGUCAAAGUACUUGCCUGUCAAGUACGAGCACGUUGUCUUCUGCAAUCUGGCGCCGUUCCAGCUGGACCUCUACAACUACUUCAUCAAGUCGCCGGAGAUCCAGAGUUUGCUCCGUGGCAAGGGAAGUCAACCUCUCAAGGCUAUUGGGCUACUAAAGAAACUUUGCAAUCAUCCCGACUUACUCCAUCUGCCAGACGAUCUUCCUGGUUGUGAAAAGCACUUCCCGGAUGAUUACGUACCGAAGGAUCUGCGUGGUCGUGAUCGCGAUGUCAAGCCUUACUAUUCUGGCAAGAUGCAAGUCCUCGCUCGCAUGCUGGCGCGGAUACGACAGGAUACCAACGACAAGAUUGUGCUCAUCUCCAACUACACACAAACACUCGAUGUCUUCGAGCAGCUAUGCAGGAACAAUAACUAUGGUUCUCUGCGACUCGAUGGCACCAUGAACGUCAACAAACGUCAGAAGCUGGUAGAGAAGUUCAACGAUCCGAAUGGCGAAGAGUUCGUCUUCCUGCUGUCGUCAAAGGCUGGUGGAUGUGGUCUGAACUUGAUUGGCGCAAAUCGACUGGUGCUCUUCGACCCUGACUGGAAUCCAGCGGCAGACCAGCAAGCCCUCGCUCGUGUUUGGCGUGAUGGCCAAAAGAAAGAUUGCUUCGUGUAUCGAUUCAUGACGACCGGCACGAUUGAGGAGAAAGUCUUCCAGCGUCAAUCUCACAAGCAAGCACUAUCAUCAUGUGUCGUUGACUCCGCCGAGGACGUCGAGCGUCACUUCAGUGUCGACUCGUUACGAGAACUGUUCCAGUACAAGCCGAACACUACCAGCGACACUCACGACACCUUCAAGUGUAAGCGCUGCAAGAAUGGCAGGCAGGUCAUGAAGGCGCCAGCUAUGCUUUAUGGUGACACAAGUAGUUGGAAUCACUUCACGAAUGAAGGUGAGCAAGGUGCCAUGGGCAGGAUCCAGGAUCUGCUGCUACGACAGGAGACGGCGGAGAAGGAUGUCAGUGCUGUGUUCCAGUACAUCAGUCAUUGA